UUGGCCAUAGGUCCAGCUAUCUGCUCCGAAGACGAAACUAAACUGGUUAAAACAAUAUUUACCGGAUACAAUAAGGUGGUUCGUCCUGUUAACCACUUCAGUGAUGCUGUUGUCGUCACAGUGGGUCUUCAGCUAAUACAGCUCAUCAGCGUGGAUGAGGUCAACCAGAUUGUGACCAGCAAUGUCCGUCUCAGACAGCAAUGGACUGAUGUGAACUUGAGAUGGAACCCAGAUGAUUAUGGAGGCAUCAAAAAAAUUCGAGUACCUUCAACAGACAUAUGGAAACCUGAUCUGGUGCUCUAUAACAAUGCUGAUGGUGACUUUGCCAUUAUCCAUGAAACCAAAGUCCUUCUUGAAUACACUGGCAUGAUAACAUGGAACCCUCCUGCUAUCUUUAAGAGUUACUGUGAGAUCAUUGUCCUGCACUUCCCAUUUGACCUGCAGAACUGUAGCAUGAAGCUAGGAACCUGGUCAUACGAUGGACUACUCGUUGUCAUCAACCCAGACAAUGAUCGACCAGAUCUCAGUAACUUCAUGGAGUCAGGAGAGUGGGUAUUAAAGGACUACAGAAGCUGGAAACAUUGGGUGUACUACACCUGCUGUCCUGACACACCAUACCUGGACAUCACCUACCACUUUCUGAUGUUGCGCUUGCCUCUUUAUUUCAUUGUUAAUGUCAUCAUUCCCUGCAUGCUCUUCUCUUUUCUCACAGGGCUGGUCUUCUACCUUCCUACUGACUCUGGUGAAAAGAUGACUCUCUCUAUUUCUGUCUUGCUGUCUUUGACCGUCUUUCUGUUGGUCAUCGUGGAGCUCAUACCCUCUACAUCCAGUGCCGUUCCACUCAUAGGGAAAUACAUGCUCUUCACCAUGGUGUUUGUCAUUGCGUCAAUCAUUAUCACGGUCAUUGUCAUCAACACACACCACCGCUCACCCAGCACGCACACCAUGCCGGCCUGGAUCCGCAAGGUCUUCAUCGAAACCAUUCCCAACAUGAUGUUCUUCUCAACUAUGAAGCGACCGAGCCAGGAGAUUCGGCAGAAGACCUUGUUUCCCACUGACAUGGACAUCUCUGACAUUUCAGGAAACCCCACACCCACCAGUGUCACCUUCCAGUCCCCCAUCGUUAAAAACCCAGAUGUACGCAGUGCCAUUGAAGGGGUGAAGUACAUCGCUGAGACCAUGAAAUCAGAUGAGGAAUCAAACAAUGCAGCAGAGGAGUGGAAGUUUGUUGCUAUGGUGCUGGACCACAUUCUUCUCUGCGUCUUCAUGGCGGUGUGCAUUGUUGGGACACUAGCUGUCUUUGCUGGAAGGCUUAUUGAGCUCAACAUGCUUUAGUGACCCUGUGUCUUGGAAAUAUGUUGUGUAUCAUGAUAGAGUAAGGUAGGUCACAUGGUCUCCUAUGCCCUUUUCUUUUCCUAGACAAUUAUGGAAUACAAAAGAGAACGCCUGCGCUUCAGGUUGUGUUGGAAAAUUGUGUGUCUCGCAGCUACAAACACAUUUGUGAGUUCUUUCGUCAUCUCUCUCAAAUGUGUUCGCACAAGCUGUGUAGUACAGGAGCAUGCACACACAUAUACACACACCUAGGGUCACCGUGACCCAAAGGACAACACAAGGGUUAAAUUAGCCCCAAGUAUUAUGGUCCCAACCCAAGUAUUAAGUAUUAUUGUCGACAAGGGUCAUACUUGAAGAAUUUCUUUAGUACUUUAGAAACUUGUGUUGUUUUUGUGUUGUUGUUGUUGUUGUUUUACAGUUUUAGUGUGACAUCACUCUGAUAAAAUAAUUACCAAUAAUGUUAACUCCUCUUUAAGGUUUUUUUUUUCUUGAAGUUAAGGCAAGAUUAUUUCUUUUCUGGAGGUUUCUGUGUUUCGAUUUUUUUUUUUAAUUGCGGUUGUAGUUCUUUGUUUCCUAAACAUAAUAUACUAUAAUGCAUAUCUUAAAUAUACAUCCAUGCAACAAGGUAAAUGAUGAUGUGAUUUUAAACAUUUUAAAUAUGCAGUAAAAAUAAAACAUCAUUAGUCACUGCUGUGAAUCUAAAUUGAA